AUGUCUCAAGGCACACCACCGCCAGGUGGCGGGGUGCGAAUUGCACUCGAAGGCUGUGGACAUGGCAAACUGCACGAUAUUUAUUCCAAAGUCUCUGAGAGCGCAGCCGCCAAGGGGUGGACAGGCGUUGAUCUUGUCAUCAUCGGAGGUGAUUUUCAGUCUGUACGCAAUACUCAUGACCUCAGUGGUAUGUCUGUGCCGGUGAGGUACCGCGAAAUCGGCGACUUCCAUGAGUACUACAGUGGCAAGCGCAUUGCUCCGUAUCUUACCAUCUUCAUUGGAGGCAAUCACGAGGCCAGCAACUACCUCUUCGAACUCUAUUACGGUGGCUGGGUGGCUCCCAAUAUUUACUACCUGGGCGCCGCCAAUGUUCUCCGCUUUGGACCAUUACGAAUUGCAGGCCUUUCUGGAAUUUGGAAGGGCUACGACUAUCAUAAGCCGCAUUUUGAACGUCUGCCCUACAAUGCAGAUGACGUCAAGUCUAUCUAUCAUACCAGAGAACUGGAUGUACGCAAGCUCAUGCAAGUUCGCACCCAAGUUGACAUAGGCCUAUCACACGACUGGCCGAAAGGCAUUGAGCGGCACGGUGAUUAUGAACGUCUUUUCAGAAUCAAGCGGGGUUUCCGAGAAGACUCAGAGGCUGGAAAGUUGGGAAGCACAGCUGCCAAGUAUGUUUUGGACAGGCUGCGUCCACCGUACUGGUUUUCGGCUCAUCUACACGCCCGAUACCCUGCUCUUGUUCUACACGGUGAUUACAUACACCCAAAGAAACCACCCAUGGCAAACAAACGACAUCACCGCUUUCCCCAAGGUUUAGAUGGGCCGUCAGAUUUAACCCCUUCAUUUGAAACACCAAACACAAACUUCGUACCGCAAGAGAAAACUUCUCCAGACAACCUUAUGGCAUGGAACAAUUUUGCAAAUAUUGCCGCGAAACAAGAUGCCGAAGAGAAUGAGAAGUUUCUUCAAGAGCGAUCUCAACCAGGAGAAAAUCAUUCGCUUGAUCUGGACGCGAUCUCAUGCACUUGGCGGCAAAUUCAAGCAGACGACCCUAACAGAAAAGUGAUUACCGUUGAGAAGAACAAUCCUGUUGAAGAAGGCGCCAUCGUUAAGAAUAGUGAUGAGAUUGAUCUUGACUUAGACAGUGAAGAUGAAGGGACUAAUGUCAAGAUGGACGUCGAUUCUGGGGCGAAAGCAGAGACAACAAAUGCUAGCCAGUUGCGUCAGACUAAUGAACCCCGGAAAACUUCAUUAACGGAAGAUCCUGAGGGUGUUUCUGAGAGUGUUCGUGAACAAUUGCCUGAAGGAUUCAAACGCCAACAACCCGAACCCGCCGUUUACGGUCCACUUCCUGAAGCAAUUUCAAACACCAAGACACAAUUUUUAGCUUUGGGCAAGUGCGAAGAACAUCGUGACUGCAGUGACUAUCUUGAGCUCAUGGAAAUAUUCCCAAACUCGGAAGAAGCUGCCAACAUUCAGCGCCCUUAUGAGCUGCAAUACGACAAGGAAUGGCUUGCGCUCUCUCGUGCAUUAGAGCAUAACCUUGUGAUUGGCGAUCCUACGAGCCAAGUCCCCUCAGACCCGGGUGAUGAGAAAUAUAAAGUCGACAUUGAAGCGGAAGAAGCCUGGGUCCAGGAACAUAUCGUUGCCAAGGGCAAGAUGACCAUUCCGCAAAACUUUGAGAUUACUGCUCCAGUAUACGACCCAGAAGUCCCAAUUGAUACUACGGAUAUGCCUCCCGAGUAUAAUAAUCCCCAAACGGCUGCUUUUUCCAUGGACGAUGGUCACAUCGAGGACGGGAUACCUCCAGGCGUGGCGGUAGAGGCGGUAGAGGUGGAGGCCGUGGACGGGGAGGAGCCUUUCGACACGGUCAAAAUAGGCCAUUUUAAAACUUCGUUUUCUCAAAGCUGGUCUUCUCCCGUGCUCUAA